CGCCACCCAAAAAUAAUCCCUAACAAUCAUCGAAACCCUACCCUCGCUACCCAUCUCGCCACCAAUCCCAUCAUUCAGCUACCCGAGCUCCAUCUCCCCUACCGUUCUUUUGUUCGUUCGCUUCUGCUGCUGCUCCUUCGAGAUCCCGUCCACAAGAUCAGAAGCUACUGCUCUCUGCCUUUCCCUAUCCCUUUGCUCGUCGGGCUCGUGACAGUGGCUGUACUGCGGAGGCGAAACGGGGAGCGCUAGUGGUGGCGGCGGUGCGACGCGCGUGCAUCCGGCGAGCGCGAGAUGCCGAACCAGAGGGAAGGGGAUGGAUUGCCGAUCUCCUUGUCUCGAAUUUGCCGAUCUCGUUGUCGAACUUGUAGGCGGCGGGGCGGUUCUAGAGCAGAAGAAACAACAGAGAUGAUGGUGACGGCGGCGAGCUAGCUUGGAUAGCAACGUCAUGUCCUGGGUGGCAUCGCCGUCGAGAUUGUCUCGAACCGGAUGUGGCUGGUGAGGCCUUCUCAGGCGGCGGGUCGUGGGUUUAAUUUAUUGCGGCAAUUUUCGUCAGGGCUAGGGAGAAAAUGACGGCGACGCUGGGUUUAUUUGGUGUUGCGAUUUGGGUAAGGGAGAAUGAGGGGGAAUAGGCUGCGGGUUUGGUUUAAUUAGGGUUGGGGGUAUUUUUUUUUUAUGGGGGUUGGGGGGUAAAAUUAUACAGGGGAGUAAGAUGGAAUUUUUUUAAUUUGAUAAUUUUUUUAUAUUAAAUUAAUAAAUUAAAAUAAUAGUAUUUAGUGACGUGGCAUGACACAUUAGCUAUUUUUUAUUGAGUCACUAACGGAAUAGUGUUUGACCGUUAGUUUUAACGGUCAACAUAAGUUUCGGGCCAAAUUUGUCCAAUACUUUGCAAAGUAGGCCACAAAUGUCUUAUUAGAAAAGUCGGGCCAAAAUUGACACUUACGUUAAACUUCGGGCCAAACUAGGGUAUUAACCCUAAUUUUUAAUCAAUCUAUGUAUUAUAUUGACUUGGGACACAUCUCAAGAUUUCAUUUUUUUUCUUACUAAUGCAGAUGGCACUAUCAAUUCCAAACCAACUCAUACUCUUUCAAGAAUAUAAGGACAAGUUAAUAGCUAACGCAGGGGAACAGAGAGCAAAAGACAUUGUCAAUCGAAGCCUCUACUUACUUUCAUCGGGAAACAACGACAUAGGAUCUACUUAUUUCCUCACCAAUAGGCACCUCGAGUACGACAUGACUUCAUAUGCCACGUUUCUUGCGAUCCAAGCUUCAGAAUUUCUGGUCGAACUGUACAAGUUGGGGGCUCGUAAAAUCGGUGUGUUCAGCACAUUAGUGCCCGGGUGUGUGCCACAAGGAAGAACCGUAGGAGGAGGAGUGGAAAGGGAAUGUGCUGAGGAUUUCAAUGAGCUUGCAAGGUUAUACAAUGGGAAGCUUAUAUCUGAAAUUGAGUAUCUCAACGACCAUCUUCCUGGCUUGAAGAUAGUGUUUGUGGAUCUGUAUGGUCCUUUGCUUGGUAUUAUACAGGACCCCCAAAGAUAUGGUAAGUUGAUAUUAUCUAACUUGGCGAAUCUAACUAGUAUAUGUUUGGUCCGAUUUUUAUAACUUUUUGUUUUCUUUGGAAGCUAAAGCCACACUGACACCUAUUAAGUCCGAUUUUUGAAAAUAAUGAAAAGUACGUUUUAUAAGAAACAAACAGAAACUCAUUAUGCGAAAAACCAACCCAUUAGGUGACACUUACGUCUUGUUGAAAUCAUGAGUUUAGUUGUGCUUGUGUUGCAGGGUUCGAUGUAAUAAAGGAAAGUUGUUGUUGUACAGACACAGAAACCGCAAUUCUUUGCAACCAAUCGUGCCCCUCGACUUGCAGCGAUACUUCCGAGUAUAUUUUCUGGGAUGGUGUUCAUCCCACGGAAAAGACCUACGAAAUCUUAGUCUUCGAAAUUUGGGAGUCUAUAAAUCAACUAUUGUGAAAAGUCACAUGUUAAUUAUGGUACAAGUUAAUUAACUUGUUACAUAUUUCUUUGUUCAUCACUGAAUUACGACUUUUUGUUGUUGUUGUUGAAUCACCUAUGCACUGAAUUACCAUAUCCAACCACCGAUUAAGCCACCUGUUGCACUGAAAUGGAGCGCUUAGUGAUAGAAAACGGUGUCGUUCCAAUAGAAAACGGUGUCGUUCCAACCAACUGCAGAAGCAACUUGCAACGAUGAUAUUUCGAUGUAUCGUCCUUCGAAGUUUACCACAACUGCUGAGAGAGAACUCCUCGAAUGAUGAUCUCUCUUCUCGAUCGUCCUCUCUCACAAGAAACUGCAGCCUUCUCGAGCUUGCUCCACCUAGCACCGUCUCUAUCUUGGCAAAUGAUGAAGGCUAUGUGGAUCUCUUAUUAGGAAAUGGUCACAUGCUGACCAUCCACUAUCUUGCCCUAUAAAUUGUAAGCAUCCAGCUCCAAUUCAAACUUGGCAGUCUGUAGCGAGAGUGUUUGAUGUUAAACUCUUCUAAUUUGGGUCCAUUGAUGCAGCUACUUCAGUAGAUUGAAUCACAGUGUAUGAGUGUGUACUGGGUGAUUUGAAUCUUGGGAAGUAGGAGUGUUGAGUGUUGUUAUUCAAAGAGCCAAGCUACUUGGCUUGGCUAGGGUUCACAGCAAGGUUGUCAAACCGGAUUAAGUCGUCAAGCCGGUUUAGCUAAGGGUUUAGGGUUUAAUGGUUGGAUCGGGGUUCGACGGUUUAAACCGGUUUUGAACGUAUAUGUUGAUAAUGGAUAUUGGGAGUCAUUUUGUCAUAGGUUUUGGGCCGAAACCCAUGAAAAGAAAUAAAUGGGAGCCAUUUUGUCACAACCAUUACUUCAGCCCAUAUAAAUAAAACCAAAACCCUCAUCACAUUUUGAGCCUAACAAACCCUAAAACUUCAAAUAGAAAUUCUAGAGAUGAAGCAGCAGUUGCCACCUAGAGGAACGCAGCAGCCGCCCACAACGCAGUUGCCGUCCACAACCCAGGAACCCCCGACCCACAACCAUAUCGCCAGUGGAGAAGCAGCAGCUGCUGCCCAUAACGCAGUCGCCAGUGGAGAAGGUUCCGCCGGCCCAGAAACCGCCGGGGGAGCGGCGUCGCUGUGCGGGAGAGGAAAACUAUUCCCCAUUCACCGCCUCAGAAACACAAGAGUCUCGUCCGUCCCAAAGCAUUUUGCAAACAUCGGUAGAAAUUUUCCAAUGCCGCCGCGCUAGUUUUCAUCUUCCUUCUCCUCCUAUCCCCUUACAACCGUCCGCCGCUUCCUUCCCUUCCUCCCCGCACAAAAUGUCGUCGUUUCAUUACUAACCGGUAGCCGGAUAAGUCCGGUCAGACCGCGAUUUUGACUGAUUUUGACCGGCUUUGACCGGUUGCCGGCUAGCUCUGAAUAUGGCUGGCACUGGCCCCUUUUGUGUCCGGUUCUGGCCCAACCCGGUCGGACCGGCCGGUCAGAGUCGGGUUUGACAACCUUGGUUCACAGUGUAGUUGUAUUCUAUCUUUUCAAAAUCAAUAAAAUUACUUUCUUUUC